AGGCUAGAGCCCCCCACGAUUUCACGGUGAACUAGCACAGAGGUUUAUCUCAAGAUGCCGUUAGUGAAAAGAAACAUCGAUCCUAGGCACUUGUGCCACACAGCACUGCCUAGAGGCAUUAAGAAUGAACUGGAAUGUGUAACCAAUAUUUCUUUGGCAAAUAUAAUUAGACAGCUAAGUAGCCUAAGUAAAUAUGCUGAAGAUAUAUUUGGAGAAUUAUUCAAUGAAGCACAUAGUUUUUCCUUCAGAGUUAACUCACUGCAAGAACGUGUGGACCGUUUAUCUGUUAGUGUUACACAGCUUGAUCCUAAAGAAGAAGAAUUGUCUUUGCAAGACAUAACAAUGAGAAAAGCCUUCCGAAGUUCUACAAUUCAAGAUCAGCAGCUUUUCGACCGCAAGACUUUGCCUAUUCCAUUAGAUGGUAAAGAAGGUUUGAAGUUUUAUACCAAUCCUUCAUAUUUCUUUGAUCUAUGGAAAGAAAAAAUGUUGCAAGAUACAGAGGACAAGAGGAAGGAAAAGAGGAAACAGAAGCAGAAAAAUCUAGAUCGUCCUCAUGAACCAGAAAAAGUGCCAAGAGCACCUCAUGACAGGAGGAGAGAAUGGCAGAAGCUGGCCCAAGUAAUUCAAGAAGGUGCACUGAUACUGUGUAUUUCUUUUAGACCUCAGACUUACGUGGAUCAUAUGGAUGGAUCUUAUUCACUUUCUGCCUUGCCAUUUAGUCAGAUGAGUGAGCUUYUGACUAGAGCUGAGGAAAGGGUCUUAGUCAGACCACAUGAACCACCUCCGCCUCCACCCAUGCAUGGAACAGGAGAUGCAAAACCCAUACCCACCUGUAUCAGUUCUGCUACAGGUUUGAUAGAAAAUCGCCCUCAGUCACCAGCCACAGGCAGAACACCUGUGUUUGUGAGCCCCACUCCCCCACCUCCUCCACCACCUCUUCCAUCUGCCUUGUCAACUUCUUCAUUAAGAGCUUCAAUGACUUCCACUCCUCCCCCUCCAGUACCUCCCCCACCUCCACCUCCAACCACUGCUUUGCAAGCUCCAGCUGUACCACCACCUCCAGCUCCUCUUCAGAUUGCCCCUGGAGUUCUUCACCCAGCUCCUCCUCCAAUUGCACCUCCUCUAGUACAACCCUCUCCACCAGUAGCUAGAGCUGCCCCAGUAUGUGAGACUGUACCAGUUCAUCCACUCCCACAAGGUGAAGUCCAGGGGCUGCCUCCACCCCCACCACCGCCUCCUCUGCCUCCACCUGGCAUUCGACCAUCAUCACCUGUCACAGUUGCAGCUCUUGCUCAUCCUCCCUCUGGGCUACAUCCAACACCAUCUACUGCCCCAGGUCCCCAUGUUCCAUUAAUGCCUCCAUCUCCUCCAUCACAAGUUAUACCUGCUUCUGAGCCAAAGCGUCAUCCAUCAACCCUACCKGUAAUCAGUGACGCAAGGAGUGUACUACUGGAAGCAAUACGAAAAGGUAUUCAACUACGCAAAGUAGAAGAGCAGCGUGAACAGGAAGCUAAGCAUGAACGCAUUGAAAAUGAUGUUGCCACCAUCCUGUCUCGCCGUAUUGCUGUGGAAUAUAGUGAUUCAGAAGAUGAUUCAGAAUUUGAUGAAGUAGAUUGGUUGGAAUAA